UAUAAUUUGCGUCUAGUUCACAAGUGAUUGCUUUCUUGCGUCUUAACGCUUACUAAGCAGGUUUUAGUCUCAAAGGAAGUGCUACUUGAAGAGUUAUCAGCUUUGCAGCUCCUGUUGAAUAUUUAAGAGGUCUCGUGUCCCUAUCUGCAUGGGUAGAGGAGCUGUUGUAGUUUAUAGAGCAAUUUGUGGCACCUGCAUGCCAAUCAGAAAGCAUUUGUUAUGAGGUCAAGACAAACAUUACAUUGCCGUCGCUCUACAUUCAGAAAUUGUGUGUGAUGGGUGUCGGACAUGCAAUACCGAAUUCUAAAAUAGAUAAACUGCUUUAUAACGGCAUAGUGAUAGUUACUAAAUCUCAAAAUUACAGGUUAUAUCAUAAUUUUUCUUGUUUAACGUAAGAGAUCAGUUUUGUUAAUCCCAAAAUCCACAAAUACGUAUAUUUUCCUUCAAAAUUACCCACUCUCAAAACUUAUGUCAGAAAUGGCUCAUAAACGUUUCCCACGUUUCCAACCUAUCUACGUUAGGUUAAUCACACUGAUUCGAAAUGCACGCGCUAUUUGUUAGGCAAAUAUUUGUAAUGAUAAUCGGAUACGUGAUCCAAUUCGCCGUCUCUGUGAACUGAGCGUAGAUUGCUUUGUAGUAAACACGUAAUGAAGUUAUCACACACAAUUAUGCUCUAUUUAUGCGGGAUUCUUUUACGCUAUUUUUCUUUAUUGAAUGGGUCUCUUUGAGGGAUAGGAGGAAGUCUUGAGUGAAAAAGGUUGGCACGUGAACGGGAUAUUAAGUUCCAUGGCGGUGCGUGUGAAGUUCCAUUGUUCUAUGUAAUGUACUUUCUUGUUGAUAAUCCGCUUGAUGGCGAGUUCACCGACUCACACGGACUGGUGACCAGUCCCUGCCGACACGUGAAUCGAGUUAUCAACGACAAAACGAUACGACACUUCCUCGCACAAUGACUCGGUUCAGAACGGAGGUGGCCUAUCAAACGAUAAUAGAAUAUGAUCAACCGAAGGGGCCUGGGCAGUCGUGCGACGUUCUGCGCAGAUAUAUUUGACAUUCGAAAAAAGCUUGAAACUGUGAGUGUAGACAUUUUUGCGAGUCACCGUUUCGCAGAGUGCAUUUCGCAAUAAAAUAUAAUGGUUGAUUUCUGCGCUGUUACGGGUAAAAGUGCUUUUAGAGGGAGUGUUACGUAAUACGGACUGAGUGAUAUGGUAGGUGUGAGUGAUAAAAACUAUUUGAAGGUGCCACUGAAUGUACACGAUGUACUUCGCUUAAAAGUUACAGUGUUAAGUGUGUAGUUGUAUAUCGCAUUUUAAGUUAACGUGUUGUUUCCAUUGUCGCGUUACUGUGAGCUAAUUUAGUUUUACAUUUUGAAAGCAAGUUUAUUUGAGUGCAAAUAUAAAGAGUUUAUCUAACUGUGUUGUAUGUUUUUCGUGAGAGAGUGAAAAAUAAAAACAUUUGUACGGGGAAUAAUAGUGCAUCGUAUUAAUUUUAUAGUUUUGUGACAGAUUGUUAUUUGCACCAGCAGGGACGGGCCACGGACGACUCUGGUGAACAUGACCUAGUGCCCCAUGACAUCGGCACACCCUUCGCCCCCACACCAUAAUCGCUUGCCGACCUGACACGCACACACACUCACACGUUAUCCAGAAUGGUGCCGCGUUGGCUCGUGGUGUGCUGCGUGGUGCUGUGCGCGCGGCCGGCGCACCCGCAGGGCGCGCAGCAGUGCCCCGCGCCCAACACCAUCACCCCUUGCAGCUGCACCGUCAAGAAGAACGGGCUCGACAUACUCUGCGAGUUUACUGAACAGCAGCAUAUACAGAAGGCGAUGAACACACUCCGCUCGAAGCCGAUGAUAAUCUUCUACUUGAAGCUCCGCCACAACAACCUGGCCAAGCUACCGUCAUACAUAUUCCUGGGGCUAGACAUCCGCCACCUGACUGUACAUAACAGCAGCUUGGCUGUUAUAGAAGACUCGUCACUAAGCUCAAUUGGUAACAAGCUGACACAGCUGGACGUGUCACAAAACAGCCUGGCGACGAUACCGACCUCGUCCUUUACGCAUCUCAAUCACCUGCUCAUCCUGAACAUGAACCAUAAUAAGGUGACAGCGGUACACAACAGGGCAUUCAUGGGUCUUGACACGCUUGAGAUACUUACGUUGUACGAGAACAGGAUAUCUGUUGUCGACGGAGAGGCUUUCAAGGGACUAGAGAAAAAACUAAAACGGCUGAAUCUUGGCGGUAACGACUUGACAGCAGUGCCGCAAAAAGCUCUGGCUUUACUCGAGAAUUUGAAAAAGCUAGAAAUGCAGGAGAAUCGUAUCGCAUCUAUUUCGGAAGGCGACUUUGCAGGUCUACGGAGCCUAGAUUCUCUAGGUUUGGCUCACAACCAGCUCCGCGAAGUACCCGCUCAGGUAUUCUCGCAUCUGACUUUCUUGAACUCAUUGGAGCUGGAAGGAAAUCUAAUCCAAAGGAUUGAUGAAAAAGCCUUUGCUGGACUUGAAGAAAACCUGCAAUACCUCCGCCUUGGAGACAACCGUCUGCACGAGAUACCAUCGGAAGCUCUUCGUCCAUUGCAUCGUUUGCGUCACUUGGACCUAAGAUCCAACAACAUAACCUAUAUCAGCGAAGACGCAUUCACUGGCUAUGGAGACUCCAUCACGUUCCUGAACAUGCAAAAAAAUAUGAUCCACCAACUGCCGACAAUGGGCUUCGAUAAUCUGAACUCCUUGGAGACUCUCAAUCUUCAGAACAAUAAGCUGCAGCACAUCCCUGAAGAGAUAAUGGAACCGAUUUUGGAUACACUCCGAGUUGUUGAUAUUAUGGAUAACCCGCUGAUAUGUGACUGUGAGCUGGCAUGGUAUGAGGCCUGGCUGGCAGGCUUGCGAGACAGAGACGAUGAGAUGAUGCAGAAGAAGCGCACUGUUUGCACCAUGGUCAACGAGCACCGGGAAUACAGCGUCGCUAAGAUGCCUCUCGAGAAGAUGAACUGUAAACGAAAACCGGCGUACGGGCGCACCUCGGCGGCGCCCCCCUCCUGCCCCGCCAUCAGCUUCGCGGCCAACGCCCUCCUCGUGGUCGCCGCCAGAUGGCUCUAGAAUAGUCGUAACAUAAUGUUUCAUUAGUUAAUCCUAAUUUAAUUUCUUGCGAAAGGUUAACCUCGCGCCAACUGUGGCCGGAUGGCGCGAAGCGUACAAUUCGCAACGUUUGUAUUUUUCGUUGAAAACUUUGUAAAGUGAUGAAUUUGUGCAAUAAACUACGAUACAUAUCAAUUUUGGGCUGAUAAACAAAAUUAUGUAGAUAUACGGAGCGGUAGCUUGGUAAGUGAAGAUGGUCGUUUUUCAAGAGCGGUAAGUUAGUGGUACAGUAUUUUUACAAGUAGAAAAUCUUCUAACGGUAUGCCUUACUAAAUAGUAAUGUUCCAAAAUGUAGGUAACUACACGUUCUAACACCAGGCAUUCUAGCAUUAGUAGGUAUCACUGAAGGUGUGUAUUUGAGGGACUCGAGCUGAGCUAGCUAGUCGGUUACCAUGCGAAUCGAUCGAUUUCAGAGGUCAGGCCUUGGAUGGGUGACCAUUCUUUACGCAUCGAGUCCCCCUCCGUGCCCCGGAGAGCACGUUAAGCCGUUUCAAAUACAAUUGUACGACAGUCGUUAGUAUAGCCUGCCAGCCGGUCUAACUUCAGGAGACCAGGACCCAGUGGUUUGGUUGCGGAGGUCACUUUUCUGGUACUCCGUUCAACUUCUGAUAUCCAGCUGGAUCUAGUUAGACUUUACGCCAAACCUAACAUAGUUGGGGAAAGGCCAGGCUGGAGAUAUCUGCUUCACUGUCUUAAUGAUCGUAGCAUGCCCUUAGCAUGAAAGAAACUUAAGUAAAUAUGUAAAAAAUGUGAUUUCACGAUGAGCUAGGUAUUUUACACAAUCUUUAGCAAUGAACAUUUUAAUUUGAAAAAUUUACACUUCCCAUGAAUUUGAAUGAGAAUUUCUAAUAUUUUUUAUCGUUUACCCCUUACGAUGUAAAACCUAUUAGUAAGCUUUUACGUAUUUACAAUGUUGACUAUUACGAUAUUAUUCUAUGGUACCUACAUGUAAGAGGGGCUGGGGUUCAGGUAUUACCUCGUACUAUAUAUUUAUACUUCUCUUAUAUAGCAAGUGAAUGUUACCCAGUUGAAUAUAAUACUUACGCUGAUAUUUAUUUUCAAGCAUUUAGCUUCGAAAUGGAUACGAAUAUGUUAUCUUGAUUAUUAUAUUACAUAGCCCAUAAAAUAAAUGUUCUAUUUGAUGUAGAGUUAGUAAUUAAUAGUAAACUAAGUGUUAGAUGAAAUUCAGUAAUUUCAGUGGUUAUUAUUUUUGGGUGUUUUGUUUAUUUGUAGUUCUCGGCGGAUAAAUUAUUUUAUUAUUAGUCCGGGAUUAUUUUUUAUUAAUAAGGGUUUAAUUGGAUAUUUAGGUUUUUAAGUAAAGUUUGGGAAGCUUUAUAACAUAUUGUUUUAUCCUCGUAGCUUUAAAUUAUUUUAAGUUCAUUUAAUACUCGAUGUAUGUUUAUAGUUUAUUGUUAGUAAGUAGAGAAGUAAUAAAUGUGACUUUGAACAUAUUUCCUUUGUUAUGUUGGCGACCUUAAUCUAAAGACAUCAAAAAUCAUUAUGAACCUUAUUGGUCCCAGCCUUUAUAAAAGAGAAAAAUGUUCGGAGCCCUGUGAUUAACAUAAAAUCAUUAUCAAGUGAUAAACAUGUAACCUAAAACAUAUCCUUUAGUCUGAAUUAUUAAUGAUAAGAAUAUUUAUGAUAUACAAUACUUAAAUUGAAUAUAUUUGGAUAAGUAAAUCGAACCUUGGAUUUUUGGACAUGGAUUGAGUAUUAGACGGGUUUCUCUACGAAACUACGAAACUGGGAGGUUUUUUAAUACAUUAUAUACUCACGCACUUUAGUGCUGACACAUUUACACUAAAAGUGUCCUUCGAAUUUCGUAAUUUUGGGAAAAAGGUAAGAAGUUUGGUCGACUAGUGUUUGGAACUGUUUUGAGCCGCUGUGCAUACAGCCAUUUGGAAUGACAUUAAAGCAAUACUUUUUAAUAAUUACAAUUUAAAAUCGUCAAAUUAUAUAAAUGAAACUUAAAUUAUUAAUCGGCUGGAAAAUAUCACAAUUAAAUCCAGGAUUCGCGCUGUCUCUACAAGUUGAUACAGAAACGUGGUCGGAAAAAAAAAUUGGGCGAACAGAGAAUACCUAUAUAAAAAACUGGAACUUUCCAUACUUAUUUUGAUCACGUUGAUCG